ACGUUCUAGCAAGUCAUUAACAAUAUGAAUUCCAUUUUUGUGAUCACUUUGAGUGCUGUGAUUUUGGCUUUGGCUCUGGCCUCGCCUGUUGAGUUGAAUGAAGAGCAAAAGGCUCUGGCCAAGCAACAUGGUGAACAAUGCUCCAAGGAACUGAAUCUGACUGAAGAGGAGAUUGCCAAAGUGAAGGCCAAGGAUUUCAAGAAUCCCACCGAGAAUAUUAAAUGUUUUGCCAACUGUUUCUUCGAAAAGAUCGGCACAUUGAAGAACGGUGAGAUUCAAGAAGCCGUUGUCUUGGAGAAAUUGGGCGCCUUCAUUGGUGAGGAGAAGACCAAGGCUGCUCUGGCCAAAUGCGGUUCCAUCAAGGGCGAGAACAAUUGUGAUACUGCUGUCAAGUUGCACGAGUGCUUCGAGGAGUUCAAGCCAAAGCACGAGAUUAAGGCUUAAAUCGAAUCAUUCAAUAGCGAAACGUGACAAAUUGUAAUUGAAUUUGCAGAACAAAACGAAACAAAAAAAAAAAGUGUUUUUUUCUCAUUUCGAAUACAAAUCAACUAAAGUGAUGCAUUUAAAUAUAUGGAUUAUGAUUUUGUCAACAAA